GCCCCGGAUGCUGCGCGAAGCCUCGGCCUGUUAGGACGUCCAGCCGACGUAGCCUGAGGAACCGGCGCUGAUAGCGUGUGGCCUCCCGACCCAGCACCGAGCAGCCCCUCGUGGGUAUAUGGAAAAAAUCCUUAAGGCUGUUGAAAAUGUUACCAGAGACAUGAUAAUUUAGCCAGUGCCUCAGAGUGAUGGAUUACCAGAAGACUGGAAAUGGUUUGCAGGUGGCUGGUGUAGGGGCAUCUGCUCUCCCCAUGGUGGGGUAUUUGGGAAAAGACUCUAAUUCUGCUGAAAUAAUCUCGGAUGGAUGCUGCCCCCUUUGCAAAAAGAAAGGUCUAGUGAAAGCUUUAAGAAUAUAUCGCAUCAAUUUUCAGGAGUCUAUUUUCCUUUGUGAAAAUCUUCAGUGUAUCUACCCUCUUGGAUUUGAAUCACUAAAUAACAUUAUAGUUCCUGUUGAUCCAAAAGAUUAUUCAUCUCAGGGCACUGGCAGGAAGAGAAAGUUCUUUGAAACAAGCUUGAUAACCACUUCGUCUGAACCCUCCUCAAAACUUGAUCUUGCUCUGAGGUACAACGAAGAGAAUCUCUUUAGACCUCAUUCAGGACAUCCCGAUUUUUCACCAGCCACUCAGCCUAAUUUGAACCAUGCAACGGAAUCCACGCAGCAGAAAAUGGAAGCCCAAGAACAUUCACCACAUACAUUAAUUGAACAGAAACAGGGUUUAUCCAAUUCUGAACCUUGCUCAUUGGUGUCUAAAAUUUUGCCUCAAGGCAACAGGUUUCUGUCGGAGUCACGGUGGCUUCAAUGGAGGAAUGUGCAGGCUCUCUGCUGGUUAGAUUGCAUUCUGUCAAUACUGGUGCAUUUAGAAACACUGAAAAUGAUUUUGAUAGGAUCCAUCUCAGAAAAUUCAUCAGUAAUCCACAGACUGCUCGCAACGUACAACCAAGCAACUGCACUUGUGAAUAACUCCCUAAACAAUCUCCCGGGCACAGAGCCUCCUGUAGAUGUUCUGUCAAGAGCUGAAUCGCAACUAAAUAAAAUCCGAAAUACAGUUUUUGCACAACUUCAGCCUCAACUUAAGUGUACGUUGGGUCAGGAGGAAAGCCCUGUGUUUGCAUUCCCACUACUUUUAGGGAUUGAUCCUCAAAUAGAGAAGCUCUUUCUCCAUUCAUUUUCAUGGAAGUUUGAAUGUUUACAAUGUGGCCACCAGGUCAAUGAUAGGUGUCAGAAGACCUUAACAACGUUUACAAAUAUAGUCCCAGAAUGGCAUCCACUGAAUGCUAUUCAUAUUGCUCCCUGCAACAACUGUAAACACAGAACUCAAAGAAGGAAAAUGGUUCUGGAACAGGUCCCCUCCAUACUUAUGAUGCACUUUGUGGAUGGGUUGCCGCACGAUGACCUGAUGACCUAUUCAUUUCAGUUUCAAGAGGAUUCCUAUCAAAUAUCAGCUGUGGUUCAGUAUCUUCAGGAGCCAAAACAUUUUGUGGCAUGGGUCUUUAACUCAGAUGGAACGUGGCUCGAGUGUGACGACUUGCAGGGUUCAUACUGCAGUAGACGUGAAAGGUUUGGAGUGCCUCCCUCUGAGGUUCACAUUGUCAUCUGGGAAAGAAAGCCACCACAAGUGACAAAGGAACUGAAUUUGCAAUUGCAGAGGGGAGGAGCUGGCAAAGUUCCUCUUCAGAAAGCAGAGAAGGUAUUUGGUGAUGAGGCUGCAGAAAAUACGCCUUUACCUUGCUAUGGAAAGGACCUCUCCAAUGCUCAUUCCAGCGACACACAAAAUGUAGUUGCCAAUAACAAAAGUAAUUCACUUUGGGGGUUUGAAAACCUGGCAGAUGAUGAUGAGAUAACACUGACUCUUGUAAGCGUUACACAUAACUCUGUCGAUAAACCGUUGGGAGACAGCAGCGUAUCAGAGAGUAACCUGGUAGCUGAAACAUUGCAGCAGCAAGAUCCAGGCGGGGUUGCUAUGUCGCCGUUGUUAGAAAAUACGCAUGCUCUCUUGCAUGGAGGACAACCAAACGAUGGAAGUACCACAUCUAUCACGCCAGAAUUUUCUCCAAGUGGUAACAGUUACUCACCAGAAACCUUGCCAGUUCAAACAACAUUAGCUCAAAGAAAAGCAGUUCCUCUUAAGGAUAGCUGUGGUUUGCUCCCAGAAAGGCUACAGAGUAAUAUCAGCAGAAGAAAAUCACUGCGGAGUGUCCAGGAAACGCCUAAACCCGUGCAACAGUCAAGAGAAAGGGCAUCCAGUUCCCACACUCCUGUUGCAAACUGUUCUUCACACUUGCCAUGUCAGACCAGAGCAAAACCAUUUGUAGCAAGUUGGAUGCAGGGUCUUCAGAGAAAAAACCCUUUUAUGCCUAAAAGUGUCUCAGAUAAUAGUAAAACAGUGAGUUCUCAAAAGCCUCUGCAGAAAGAAACUAUUGCAAAUCCACUGAUUAAAGGAGCAGCCAACUUUGGUGGCUUCUUAGCUAAGCAUUCAGAGAGAAAGCACAAGGAGAGAACACUUCCUUCGUUACCCUCUGCCGGUUCCCUGGUUGCCAACCACCUUGGAGAGAAACAGGUCUUUAGAAGUGAAAAAACUGUAAACAAGAUCCCAGUUCCUUUUAAUUUGAAUAAGCAGGUUCAGCCUAAACAGACUCUCAAUGGAAAUAAAAACUUUACAUCAGUUGAGAACGGCAAGGAGUCACACACACACCAGCUGCGCAUCCAACUUAGUCAACUUAAAGAUAAAAAGAAGAUAGAGAAGCAGACAAAGGCCCGGAUGCGAAAUGGAAAGUCUUCCAAGAAGAGCAUGAAGGAGCAAUUGCAGUUUGGAUCCCAGGAGGAAGACGAUUGCUUAAGGGAACUGCAGUUCCACAUUGGGGUUGAAGAUGGCAAAUCACAGAGAUCUGGCACCUCUAUGUCGCAGUGCAGCAGCGAUGACAUUUUAUCUGAGCUGCUUUCUCCUGCUACGACUGUUGCUUCUUUGGAGCUUCCAGUGGAAGAAGAAUGCAAAUAUCUGGAAAUGGGGGGCUGCAGGACUGACUCUCCAGUAUCUAGAGAGAAAGUUGAGGGUGCGCAGUACUUCGAUCACAGUCACUACAUUCCUGAAAUGGAAAGUUUAUGUGGGGAUUAUCCAGACAUCUUAGCAAAUCAUCCCACAAAUCCCACAAAACAAGAUAUUUUCGAAGAGUUGCGCAGUUCAGUGCUGAAUUCAGUCAUGGAUAGUGCUGAAGUCUUCCAUAAUUUUGAUGAAAGUCUGUUAACUUUGUGAAUUGUGUUUUAACAAUUUCGGAAUUUCCUGUUAAUUGGCUUUGAAACAAAGCAUCACUCAUUUGCCUGGGGUUCUACUUGAAUAUUUAAACUGAAAACUUGUGAGACGUUUUUAUUUUUAAUAAAGUGGAUUUUUUUCAAAUCCUUCAAAACAAA